AUGGCUGAAGUGCAUCCAAGCUGGUCAUCACCAUCUCCAUCGUCGUUGGGUUCACCCACAGCGCCUGAUGAACUUAUCAAUUCCUUGCGGGACCAUUCGCUAUUUCAACGCUCCAACAAUGCCAUGUUUCUUGAGGAUAUUGCACGCAACAUGCAUAUUCGAACGUAUGGGCCACGGGAUGUGAUUAUCGUCGAGGGUGAACAAGCCAAGGCUAUGUUUCUAUUACUACGAGGAUCCGUGGAUGUAUGUUCAGCCGACUUUGAACGACUCUAUGCGACAUUGGACCAGGGCACGUGCUUUGGUGAGAUUGGCAUCUUGUAUUCGAUUCCACGUACAGCGACAGUGGUGGCAAAGAGCAAGUGUACAGUGGCCGUGCUUACAGCUGAAAAGGUGGCAUCCAUUCUUCCUGAUUAUCCCGAAGUCGAGCAGAUCUUACGCAAUGAAGCCCAGGAACGUUUGGCUAUGCUCAACAAGUGUCCUAAUGAACCAACAACAAGACGAUCCAGUAUGAUUGCUUCCUUUGAUGCCACUAGUGCACGCAAUCAUUUGCAAAAAGUAGCUCUUUUCAAGGAGUGUCCAGAAGAAUUCUUACAUCAAAUCUCACUAAAAUUGGAGCCCAAGAGCUAUCCACCCAAUGCUCGUAUUAUUCGCAAAGAUGAUAUUGGAGAUGAAAUGUUUUUCAUUAUCGAUGGAACGGUGCAGAUUUUAUCGAGCAAUAAUGAUGUGGUUGCACGUUUGGGAUCGGGUGAUUACUUUGGGGAGAUAUCCAUUCUACUUGAUGUACCGCGUACAGCCGAUGUACGAUCCGUGACACACGUUGACAUGUACGUCUUGAGCAAGGCCGAUUUUAUUCAAGUUUGUGCAAGUUAUCCACAACUCGACAGGCGAUUCAAGGACUUGGCUAAUCAAACGCAUCGUAACAUACAGCAACAGCUGGAAGAGAUAACCCAUGGCAUGGCAUCCAUUGACAAAGCGGCUGUAUGCAGCACCACCUGUGAUCAAGAUCCUACAUUGCCUGCAAGGGAUGAUAUCAUGAAGCUUAGGGAAACGGGUGGUAGACGACGUAGACCAAGUAUUGCAGUAUGGGCUGAUCCAUCCUUGUUGGCAUUAUCACAGCAAAAGCAGACUCAACUAUCACCACCUGAAUCACCAUCACCACCACAACAACGUAAACUAUCGUCAUCAUCACCAUUCAUUUCUUCUUCAAUUCCACCAUCCGCUUUGCCGAGCAAAAGUCGUUUAGCAUCCAUGCUAUUGGAGGAAAGGAAUCUCGCAUUACGAUUGAUGCAUCAUUUGGAGUUUGGCAGCGUAUUACAAUUGGCAGCAACAUCACAUGCGUUGCGAUCACAAUUAUUCUCGCCUGCAUUAUUGACACGCGUUGACUUGGAAUCCGUACACAAGCGUGUGACCGAUGAUGUCUUGACAGCUCUUAGUGGCACCAUUGGCCCUCAUGUACAAUCACUCUCGCUCGCCCAUUGCUUUCAUAUCACUGAUACAGGGCUGAUCACGCUACUUGAACAAUGUACACAGCUUGAAGAGCUCAAUCUCAAUUCUUGUUGGCUGAUUACGGAUACAAGCUUACUUGCACUACCAGCAUCGGUGAAACGACUCGACUUGUCCAACUGUCGCAAGAUUACCGAUAGAGGAUUAUAUCAUGUUGUGGGUGGAUUGACACAUUUGACAUUGUCAUAUUGCAAAAACGUGACCAACCGAUCCAUGGCCUUGAUGGGUGAAAAAAGUAAUGCGAGGCUCGAAUAUCUCAAUUUGCAACGGUGCACAACCAUAUCUGAUGCUGGAUUUGAGACAUGGCAACAGCAACAAAUGGCUGCUUUGCGUUCGAUUGAUUUGAGUGAUUGCAGCUUUUUAACUGAUAAGGCGAUCCGUCGACUUGUGCAUGCAGCACCGAGGCUUGAAAAUGUGUGUCUCAGCUUUUGUUGUGCCCUGAGUGAAUCCGCAAUUGAAGCCAUUGCAUCAUUACCAAAUCUUUCAAAGCUUGAUCUUAGUUUUUGUGGUGCAGCUGUAUCCGAUGCCUCCAUAUCUAUCCUUUUAGCUGCUCGUUCCAAUACGCUUCAAGUACUCAACCUUCGAGGAUGCAUUCGUCUCUCAGCUAUGGGAUUGAUGUCAGGUCUUGAGCAUGCUCGUGUCUUGAGGCAUCUUAAUGUUAGUCAAUGCCCUGGUAUCAGCAAGCAAGCCCAUAGUAUGCUUCUCACCCAUGGUCUUUUCACUCUUGUUUGA